ACUACUUCAGUCACACACAGCCAUUCACAACAUCGUGUCGCUUCUCCUUUUUCACAGGAUUUCCUUCAAAAACAGAAGCUGAAGGCUCCGUGACCCUGCAGAGAAAUCAACCGUCCGUAAGUUCAUCCAGAAUCCAAGAUGGGUGCCAUCAAGUCCAAACAGUUUAAAAAGCCUCCUCAGGUGCUCAUCAUGGGCUUGGAUUCAGCAGGAAAAUCCACUUUGUUGUACAGGCAGCUGCACGGGGUCAUCAUGCAGACCUCGCCCACCAUUGGCUUCAAUGUGGCGACCCUCCAGCUGAACAAGAAGACUUCCCUGACCGUGUGGGACAUUGGCGGGCAGGACACUAUGAGGCCCAACUGGAAGUACUUCCUGGAGGGAUGCAAAGUGCUGGUGUUUGUGGUGGACAGCAGUGAUUACGCCAGGAUCGGGGAGGCUCAGAAAGCCCUCAAAAAGAUCCUGCACGAUGAGCAUCUUAAAGGGGUUCCCCUGAUGGUGCUGGCCAACAAAAAGGACCUGCCGAACACCAUGACUAUCAGAGAUGUAUCCAUCAAGCUGGAUCUGGACACUUACAUGGAUCGCCAAUGGGAGAUUCAAGCCUGCAGCGCUGUGAAGGGACUGGGUCUCCAACAAGCCUUUCUGUCUAUAGCUAAACUACUGCAGAAAGCAUGAGGACUGGGAGAUGUGAUGCAGUUUAAACUUAUUAUAGUAUAUGUUAAUGACACUUUAUUAGUAUUAUUAUCAUUAUAUAGGUAACACUUUACAAUAAGGCUGUAUUAGUUAAAUUUACUUGGCAAACAAUGAACAAUACAUUUAUUAUGUUUGUUUGAUAAAGAAAAUAAAGACAUUCACUGUU